AUGCAGCGUCAGGCAGAGAUUGCGGAGACGAUUUCGAACGGCCAGACGAAAAUUGAUCGCUUCAUCAACGCGGACGUUGAGGGUCGGCGGGCGAUCCGGCUGAUGAGGUCGGUGCAGUUUCUUUGCCAAGAGGACGCGCCCAUCAGGAUGUUCCCGAAGCUCAUGAGGCAUCUCGCUGAGCAGGACACCCCCGACAUCCUGAAGCAAGCCUACGGGGUGUACCUCACGAGGGAGGCAUGGGCGGUGAAGGACGCGGCCACGGCUAAUCUGGACCUUGCGAUGGUGGACAGCGUGGGCAUCCACAGUGUGCGCUGGCUCUCCCGGGGCGACGCGGUGAACCGUCUGUGCAAGGUGCUGGGCGCGGCGAUUGUUCUCUUCCACGAGAAGGAGCACGGCUUGUACGAGACGGUGACAUCGUACAAGUUCCAAUUCUGCCUCUUCUUCCUCACUGACAUCCUCGGCGACCUGAACAAUCUCAACCGUUCGUUUCAGAAGCGGCAGGUCGAUGUUACUGAGGUGGCAAAGAUCGUGGAGUCCAUCACUGCCGACCUCGAGCACAGGUACCUUGACAAGAAGGCGGACUUCGGUGGUUCCGGCAACGGAUGGCUGCCAAAAUUCCUGGCGCUGUAUGGCAAGAAGUCGGGGCAGACGGUCCGAGUGCGUGGCGCGGAUUCGGAGGGCCGCCCUGUGAACCACUCGUACAUCCUACACGAGAGGAAGCUCAAGGACCAUAACUACAAGAGAGGCUACAAGGCGUGCGUGAAGCUGUGUCGCAAGUUCGCGACGGACGUCGUCGAUCGUCUCCUAUUUCGCCUGGACGACCUGCGCGGGAUGGGUCCAACAAAGCUGUUUCGCGCGUCUAAGUGGCCCAAGAGCAAGCACGCACGAGACUGCAAGUGCCAGGACUGGCUGACUAGCUGCAGCGCUCUGUUCAAGAACAAGCUGCCGGGGUUUGAUCACAAGAAAGCGCCGCAGGAGCUGGCAACCUGGUGCCCAAUCAUGGAGUCUCACCACGAGGAGGAUUCAUUCGCGCAGGGACUGGCGAACUUCAUGGGGAGCGGCGACGCCAAGAGGUAG